AUGGAAGAAAGCGCUUCUUCGGGUGGCCCUUCGUUACCGAACGAUGCCAUGGCAUCGACAAGCCGUACGAACACGCCGGCUAUAAAUCCAACUGCUGUAGGCGACCGCGCAAACGGUGAUGACUCAGAUGCAAACGCCGAUGCAGCUAGCAAGCAUGAUGAAAAUACCGGCGAUAAUGAUGAACCGGAGUCAUUCUACCAGGCAGCGCAACUUGCCAAUAGCCUCCUUUGGAUGGCAGACUGGGAAAAGGAGCUCGGGAAGGAAAAGCUCCGGGGCAAAAUGAGGCUGCGCUCAAGGCAAGCCAUGAUUCAUGUGGCAUCCACCGAGUAUCGACUUUUGGAUGUCGAGACCAAGCUCGGGGAACUUCAGGAGAAGCUGGAGAAGGGCCGCAACGACUUCAAGGACCAAGGGAGAGAAGAUUGCCCGGUUUUUAUGCCGGCUCUGAGUUGGACGCCCAUAGAUGAGUUUCGCAAUCCCGAUCAAAAGAAUGAUUUGCCUCCAAUCCAGCUGCCCGCCAUUGAGAUACUGUAUUCUCAAGGGUCCACAUUGCUUCAUUCUCAAGACAAUGUUCGGCGUGAUUCCACGAGCGGCCAGCCCGAAAACCAAGAAGCUACGGCCAAGAUUCCAGAAAGAGUGCGGAUUCGGUCCUGGUCACUGCUUGGCCACUUGGAGAAAAUCUGUGGAGAAACCUUUAGUCUGGCUCAUGUCACAUCAAUUGAGUCAAGACCCUCGUUGGUUCUCCUGCGUCCAUUCAAGGUCUUAUUUUUAUUUGAGCAGGCUAUCCGAGACAGCGUCUCAAAAGUAAAAAUUGAAGUGGAAAACACGAUGACGACGGGAAAUACAAAAGGAACACUGACCGGUGCAAUGGGCCCUUUUGCGUUUGAGUGGAAACAUCUCCUUGCGGACUUGAAUCUGCUCAUCGAAGUCAUGGACACGGCACUGCAGCCAACAUACAAAUUGCGCCAAUCCGUUGACGACGCCACAUUGGAAGACAUUGCCUAUCCGGACUUAUGGCACUUGUUCCGAGUAGGCGACAUCAUCACAAGAAGAGAUGCUAACCACCAAGCAUUCAAAGUGUUGGGUAUAGCGGGUGGCCGUGAGCCACUCGCAACGAAAAUGAACGUCGAAGAUCUUCAGUCGCCCCCGAUUUACGGCUUUGCAAUAGACUGCAUGAGUGUUAGUUACGACGGGUCCUUCUAUGUGCCGCGACUACACAAAUUCAACAUCAGCAAGUUCACCGGUCUCAAGAAGAUACCUGCUCUGGAAGUAUACCCGAUACGCUUUGACCCCGACGCCAGCGCAAUCAAGGACCAAUUGAUGUCGAACGGGGAGAGGUACCUAGAUCUCACGCGCCGCCCAUACUCCCAUGUUACGUUUCGUGGUCGCACAGUCGACGACACGCCGGAAGAAAUCGAGGGGCAGGUUGUUAUUGAUGUUGCCAUGGCCCUCAGGACUGAACCGGAUUGGCGGCCACCUCCUGUCGUGAAUGAAGAGCACUUGACCAAGCCCGACUUGAGAGAGACAUUUUUGGUUCAGGCGUGCAGACACCAAAGCCUGAAUGCGGAAGGUUGUUGUGGUGGCGACAUCGCUUUCAAAGAUCAAACUAUGAAUAUCGACCAGCGCAACCCGAAACUGAAAGCCUUCACGGAGUUUAUGAGGCCGCGAACGGAGGGAGAGCUUGCUGAUGACCUGAUUCUUCUUCCAAAUUCGAUAUACGGCUUCGUGCUAAGGCUUCGGAAGUGGGUGACAGUGCAGACUCGGGACCUAUCAGAUGUGGCCUUUGACAACGACUUCAAUAAUCUGAUGAUGAACGAGAAGCAAAAGCAAGCCAUCUUGGCCUUGGUGGAAACCCAUGAGAAGGCGAGGCUCUCGCCAGGUGCUAAGAAACACUCAAUUGGGGCCUCUCUCGAUCUCGUGACGGGGAAGGGCACGGGCCUGAUCCUGCUCUUACAUGGUGAACCAGGUGUGGGCAAGACUUCGACGGCAGAGUGCGUUGCCGACCGAACCAAACGCCCCUUAUUCCCCAUUACUUGCGGUGAUAUCGGGGAGGCGGCCAUGGAAGUCGAACGCAACCUGCAGCACAAUUUUCGUCUGGCUCACAGGUGGGGAUGCGUGCUCCUCCUUGAUGAAAGCGAUAUCUUUUUGGCGAAGAGAAACAAGACGGACCUGAGACGGAAUGCUGUGACGAGCGUUUUCCUGAGGAGCCUGGAUUAUUACGCUGGUAUUUUGUUCCUGACCACGAACAGAGUCGGCGGAAUCGAUCCGGCAUUCAAGUCCCGGAUCCAUCUGAGUGUUUUCUAUCCACGGCUCGAUCUCGAUAGAACGCAGAAGCUCUUCGACGUGUUCCUCCGCAAGACCAAGGAGGAGCAACGGAAGUCUGGUGUUUCGACGUUCGACAUUAAGUCUAAGGAGAUAAGUCGCUUUGCUAAGAGAAACUACCGGAGCCUAAAGAAGUCAGGGUUCAACACGUGGAACGGUCGACAAAUUCGCAAUGCGUUUCAGACCGCCAUUGCAUUGGUUGAAUAUGACGUUUCGCAGAUGCAGCCUGGUGACCCCAAGCCUUCCCUAGGCAAGAAACAGUUCGAAGUCGUUGCCGAGGGGUCCAGGCAAUUCGAUGACUACCUCAUGCGGACUCUGCAAGGCAGGGACGCGGACAUUGCCAUCCGCGACCAGUGGCGCGACGACACAUUUGAGCUGCAAGAGCUAGGGCACGCGACACCGCUCAGGAGUGAGUUGCCGACUACGAAGAAGCUAGAGACAAAGUUCAAGUCGGCGAAAGACGAGUUGAGUGUGACAGAGAGCGAUUCCGGGAGUGAUAGCGGGGAGUCGGGCGAUGAGGAGGAGAAUGGGGAGGAUCGGGGUGUAUCUGUGACCAGCAAGGCAGGAUCUGGUAGAAAUGAGAUGGAGGAGUAUCAGCAAUUCCUGGAAUUUCAGGCUAUGAAGAGGGCUAUGGAAAAGUAG